UUCUCUGCUUUCAGCUGUUCUCCAAUCAGAGUUGAGGAAGUGAUUAAAUCAAUAAGUUGAUCGAAAAAAGGAAUCUGAUUUAUAAAUCAUGAAAGUCAAAUGUUUAACACCUACAGGGUCUCGAAUGUGAUGAUUUUUCUGAUUUUCGUGGUUUGCAUGAAUAUGGAUCACCAGAGCUGAGGGCAUUCCGUUUUGGGAUUGUCAAAAGGUCAAAGGUGAAGGUUGCUGUGAUCUCACGUCCGUCACAUCCUCGUAAACGUCCUCUCUCAGCAAGGCCUUCAGCGAGCAUCCUCUGGCACAACCGAGAGGAACUGGUGUGCGUUCGUGCAGCAGCGCGUGGUUACCGUGGCGGUGAAGUGUGGAACGGAGAGGUACACCAUGAAGUCUCAGAGUCCGUGUCCGAGCGGGAGGUCCGACUGUCAGCUGGUCAUGUACAAGCUGUCCACCCGGCCCGUCUACAAGCAGAGGCAGCAGAUCUCCAGCGCUCUGCUGUGGCGCUGCUGCCCGGGACACGGAGGACACAACUGUGAGGACUCAGUCCCUGGUGCACAGCCGGAUUCUGGAAGCUCGGCUCCGACUGGAGGAUCUGACAACGUGAGAACAGAGCUCCUCGAUCCAGGUCUGCAGCAGCGGCUCCAGCAGCAGCGCGGCGACCCGAACAGAGAACAGAACGACCACCAGGUCCCGUACGACGACCAGCCCAGCAGCACACCCCCGGCCCUGGAACCGGACCACCGACACAACCCCGACGCCCAUCCCCAUCCUCACCACCAUCGACCCCACCGACCCCACCAGAGGCCACAUCCGCCCCAUCAGCUGCACGGGCCUCCUGUUGAUGAGGUGGAUGCUGAGCCCCUCCUGUACCCAGAAGCCCCCGCUCCCCUCCCCGCCCCCCACAUGAUGGCCUUGGUCAUGUCCCAGCUGCAGCCGGUCCUGCAGAGCUUCAACCGUUCGCUGGAGCAGCUGAGCCGGCAGGUGGGGGACUUGGCCCGGGACGUGGCCCGGCUGAAGGACGGCGAGCCAGAGGAGGAGAUGCAGUCCGGGCCCCCGGCCAGCCGGGAACUCGACGAGGCAGUGGAGCAGCGUCUAAAUGCCAAACUGGAUGAGGCCUUUCAGGAUGUCGGGGAGGUCCGGAGGCAGAUGGAGAGCCAGCGGACAGACAUGGAGAACAGGCUCCACUCCCAGCAUGCAAUGCUGCACUACAACCUGACCAGCUUCAAGAUGGACAUCGACAUGAAGCUGAAACGCCACCAGAAGAUGUUUCAGGUCGGCCUGCAGGCCAUGAAUGCUACACUAACUGAGCUGAAGCUGGACCAGGAUCAGCCCGCUGAGGAUCAGCUGGAGGUUCACCCCCCUCCGACCCCCCUGCUCCCCCCCCACCCACCGCUGCUGCCCUCAGACACCUCGGCGCUCUGGGAGGCCGUCGAGCGGCUGAACAACGCGGUGGUCAACAACACAGUGAAGGUGGACGGCCUGAUGGAGGACGUGGAGGUCAACUCGGUGGAUGUCCAGCAGCUGAGGCGAGACGUCAAGGAGCUGGAGAGGCACAUCAACCAGACGGCCAGGACCAGCCAGAUCCAGUUCAUGGAGACGGGGCUGGAGGUGGAGGCAGCGAGGGAGGUGGUGUUGAGGCGGGUCAACGAGCUGGAGGGGAACCUCAGCCGGCAGGGCAAGCACCUUCAAGAGACGGACGUGGACGUGGACUAUUUGUACGAUGCCUUCUACAAGCAGAACUCCUCAGCAGGCUGCGACUGCAAUGGGCUGAGGGCCGCUAUCGCUCAACUGGGGAGGGGCGUGGCCAAUGUGACGGAGCUGGCCAAUGAAAACCGAUUGGCCCUGGAGGAGAGCGGCGAGGUGGCGCAGCAGUGGGGCGGAGCAGACGACUGGGAGCCGGCGGUGGAGGUGCUCCAAUACGGCCUCCAGCAGGUGAAGGAGUCUCUGGCCUCGGAGCAACAGAGGACCAAGAGUCUGGAUCAAAGCCUGGCGCUGCUGAGCAGCUCGGCGACGGCCGCGCUGGCCGACCUCUCCGACCUGAGGCUGGCGGACGGGAAGCUGGUGAAGGAGAUGCAACGCCUGUCCGGCUCCUUCAAGUCCCUCCUGACGGACGUCAUCAGACACAACGACGUGCUGGAGCUGCUGCUGGGCGAGGAGCUGCUGGAGUUCCUGGAGUGGUCCUUCCAGGAUCAGGAGACCCACUCCAUCCCAGCUCUGAAGGAGCAGCUGAGGCUCCUGCAGGAGCAACUGAGAAACAACAGCGUGAGCAUCAGCUCUCUGCAGAGCAACAAACCAGGAGGUAGAGAGGAGGUGCCAUCUGCUGACCAGCCCUCCUCCACCUCCUCCUCCUCCUCCUCGCAUCCUCUCUCUGACGACGGGCUCCCGGGAAGCAUGAGGAGCGGUGGAGUCCCGGCCCGCGAGCGCCAGCUCCUCCUCCACCCGGGGCACAGAGGAGACGGCAGUGAUCUGUGGAAUCUGGAGAAAACGGUGGAGCAGCUGAAGCUGAAGGUGCUCCUGCUCGAGGAGAAGUCCUUCAACACUUCAACCGAGAGGGAGGCGCAGGCCAAACUGCAGGCGGAGGUGAUGUGGCUGAAGAGGGGGCUGGAGGAACAUCUGAGGGUCUUCAAGAACGUCUUCAGUAACGCCGACGCGCUGGUGGGUUCCGACGCCACGCUGGAGCUCGACAAACUGUGGCAGCUGGUGAAGGACCGAGACGGAAAGAAAGAGAAGAAGAGAGGAGGAGGAUCUGGAAGAGGAGGAAACCUUCGCAGCAGGAGGGACACGUCAGGUGUGGCCCCAGUCCCGCUCAGCCAAUCGGGAGACGCCCUGCUGCUGGUGGCCGGGUCUCCUGUGCGCGUUUUGAACAGCGUCAUGGCGAUGGAGGCCUCGCUGAACCGGGGUCAGCUUUACUCCGGCGGGGGCACCUUCGCGGCUCCGCUGGACGGAAUCUACCUGUUCGUCCUCACCUUGGACCUGAGGCCCGGCCGCUCCCACGUGGUCCUGAGGAGGGGGUCGGGCGCCCCCCCGCUGGUCCUGCACCGGCGGGAGGCGUCGGCCGCCUGGCCGCUCACCGACGUGGGCCUGCUGCGGCUGCGGGGGGGUGAAGAGGUGACGCUGGAACUGAAGGGAGCGGUGCGGACGAGGUCCGAGGACAAUGUGCUCAUCGUGCUGCUGCUCCACCGGACCAUCUGACGCCUGGAGGGGGGGAGGGAAGGGAGGGGGGGGAGACACCGAUCCGAGACUCUGGGAGUUAAAACACAUGCAGACAUGUUCCAGUCGACUGCAAAUGAUUCCGGCACAGAACUAAAAACUGCUUUUUAGUUCACACGUAACUAUGUGACUACAAACUGGGUGAAAAAAUGGCCAGACACACAAAACCAGGUUUAUGCUAAGCUAGGCUAACCACAGAUCUGCUGCUGUCAUCACAUCAUCUGGGUCCAAAGGGAUUUAUAUUCUAUUUUCUAUAUAGAUAUGUUUGUAUCUAAAGUCACCUGCAUGUGUAAUGUUUGUAAAGUACCGAUGUAGUAAAAGGUAAAAGUAUGUUUAUAUAUAUUUAUAUAAAAGGAAGAGCGGAGCAGUUUGUUGGUGUAAAGUCAUGAAUGAGUUGAGAAAAGUCAGAUGACAGAACAUUCUUAUCUAAACUUGAUACAAAAAUCGCAGUAACGCGUUUUCUUAAAACGUGAUUUCAUAACAACUUUGUCAUGAAAAUUUUAUGUAUGUAGAGCAUUACAUGUAAAACGUCUAUAGGAUGUCAUAACAUUCAACACACUGCAUUAAAGUGUUGCUUUUUAAAUUCGGUAGAGGGACAUGGGAAACACGCAAAAAUGUGAAGUAUGUCAAACACUAGGAUUUCAUGACAUUUUAAAAUAUAGGUCAUAAAAAAUGACAAAGCUCUGUACAAAAAAGAAUCUUGAAAGUCAUUCAUGAAGAAUUUAGUAGAGCCUCCAAAUGUAAAAUGUCUUUAAAAAUAUGUAACAUAAUAAUGGUCAUUUGUUUCAGGUGUAAAUUGUUACUCAGCAGCUUAAAGUGCUUAUUUCCAUUUGAACUCAAAUAAAAUCCAUAAAACACUGGA